UUGUGAAUUUUGUUAUAAAUAGGGGACAGGAUGGUUAUGUAUCGUUACUGGAUCGCUGGCUAGUCAUGGACUCUGCAACAGUAGAGAAGCCGGUGCAAUCGCAUUCGUCCCAAAAUGGGGAGACAGGUUUGGACAAAACGCUGCUGACGAGCUCGUGUUGCUGUAAAUGCAUCAAAAUUAUCUUCGUGGUGAUAAGCGUCAUUAAUAUUAUAGAAGCCAUUGCUCUGAUGGCCGUUGCAGUGAGCGCCGCUAUAGCUAUGAAGAUAUUUUCAAGCGAACAGUCUGGAAGAUUGGUAGCAUUGAUUUUAAUCUCCGCCAUAGCUGCAAUCACUCUAUCCAUCACCAUUUAUGCUAUGGUUGCACUGCUGAGGAGCCAAAGAAAGCCUGUUCACUCGGGUUCCAUAGUUCUGCUGAUCCUGGCCAUCAUUCUGUCAAUCAUCAUCGCGGUGACGAUGAAGAUACGUCAAGAAGAUGAAGUUAAGCUGAGUCAAUCCCUAUCACAGUCCUUCCAAUAUUCACGGGAAGAUAGUCCGAGAUACGUGAAGCUGUGGGCCGCUAUUCAACAUGAUUUAACAUGCUGUGGAGUUUAUAGUUCAGAAGAUUAUCGUAAUCCAAAUCUGCCUAUCUUCUUCCCUCCUGACGUCCCCAUCCCAUGCUGCCCCAGCUACGACCCAAAUCGCUCUCAGCUGGUGCAGGAGCGGGAAAGAGAAUCCUGCAAAGUCAAGAAGGAGUACUACGACAUGGGCUGCAGUAGCCCGGUGAUAGAGCUGUUCAGAGACAUGACAAAUCGAGUUAUGACCGUUUCAAUUCUACUGAUUAUAUCAAUGGUCUGGCUAUCAAUUCAUGGAGCAAUGUGGACUCGUUGGUCUAUAAUGCGGUCAAAGAAGAGUGAAACUGGAACUUCAAGAACGGAAGUAAUUACUCAACCAUAGACAAAAGUUAAAGUUUUUUUUUACUAUGACUAAAAAGCUAGUCUUUUUAUGUUAUUUAUCGUAAACGUUGUUAAGCUUAAUGUAGCAUUUUAUUAUGAGUAAAAAUCAAAUUGGGGUUAUACUAAAGUAUUAAGAUUAUUUUGUUUUUUUUUUAUAUUCGCCGAGAGGGCAAAUGACUACUCUUGAUGACUACACCUGAUGGUAAGUGGUAGUAGAGUCCAAACAGACGGGAAAAACUUAGAAUUUGUACUUUAAACAUGCAAGCAUAAGGUACAUAAUUACAAAAUUAGUCAGUGAAAAUUUAAUGCAUUUUUUAAGAAGAAAUAAAUGUCAAGUCAAACAAAAAAGUCAUAGUAAAAAAAAAUCGAUCUCAAGAAGACAUGAAACGGCUUAUCGAUUUUGUUUUUUAAUUAAUAUUAUUUAUAAAAGCAUAUUUUGUAGGAAUCGUUUUGUUUUAAAAAAUAUAUAUGAAUAUGAGACAAUUUA